GGAUAUUGAGUUACAGGAACUUGAAUUCAUCACGAUGCCGGCGACGGUGCGGACGGAGAGUACGGAACAUUUGAUCACGGAGAACACGGAACAGAUUGACGCGGAGAGUACGAUGACUUCGAGUGCGGAAAGUACGCAGCAGUCGGACGGUGCUGAGACGGGCGAGAGCAGCAGUAGCAGCGCAGUGACGACCACAGAUGUCGAGCCGAGGCCUGAGACACCGCGUUCGGCGCAGGCUCAAAGAGCUUGGAGUCGUUUUGAGUAAGAGUCGUCGCGCCAGUGAUGAAUUGUCGUUCAGCUCUUUUUGCCGUUGGCGAAUACUCCAGGGUUGGAAAUCGGAGAGAGAGAAAAAGAGAGGUGUUUGAGAGGGAGUGAGUUGGCC